UGGGAGGAGAAAGAGGAGGAGGAGCUACCAGCGGUGGAAGAGAGUGGAAGGUGGGUACUGCGCUGAGCACGGAAAUCUGAGACCGAGGCUGCCACAGCCUAAGCAGAUCAGGGGAAGAAGGAAGGUUUGAGGCCUCAACUGAAGUGGGGCAGGAAAGAGAAGGGAGCUGGGGCCCAGGCUGAGAGUAUACACCUGCUGAAGAUGGAGGUCAUGGGAGGACAGGCCCCUGCUGGGGCUGGAGGUCUGGCAGCCGUAAACAUGGGGCCCGAAGCCCUCAUUUUAGCUGUGGCAGUGGCUGGAGCUGGAGGGGGGCCAUCGCCUACGACGGCUGGGAGCGGAUCGAGCCCUGAGGCCGAUACGUGGACUUGGACGUGGACUUGGAAAGGGGAGUGGUCAGGGCAGGAUAUAGCACUAGGCCCUACUUUGGCCGCUCUGUUGCUUCUGUACGCCGCGUUGUGGGCUAGUGUGGUAGAGCUGAGAUGGAGGGUCCUGGAUCUGGCUCAGCAGCAGGAAGAGGAACCGGACCCAGAGACAGGGACAGAGGAAAGGGCAGAGACAAGGACAGAAGCAGAAGCAGGGGCGGAAGCAAAGCAGGUGCUGAAGAGGGAGUCCGAGCAAGAGCUCAAACAUAAGGCGGAGGCAGUGCCCGAGAGGGAGACGGAGCCAGAAGCAGAGGCAGAGGCAGACGCAGACGAAGAGCUGGAGGAACUGCAGGAGCCUUCGGGUGCUUGGGACUCAAAGAAACCUACAUCUUUAUGUGAGAUUGGGCCCCGGACCAAUGUGCCUGUGCGGGGGAUGAGCGCCCGCCCUGUGGGAGUAGCGGGUGUAGUGGUUGCUGUCCGCUCGGGUCUGGUGCUGAAACUGACGACAUUGGACGCAAGAGCUGGGAGUUUGCUGCCGGCCCGCUCACAGCAAGUUAUCCUAGACCAGGGAAGCAUUCGCUCCCUGCGUCCUUUGGGACUGGACUUGGUCCACAUGAACCACUGCUGGAACAAUGGACGCUUCUUCCCUCUGCUGGGAGCCUUCCAAGAGCACCUGCUUAACCUCCUGGAACAGGAGGCUUCCCGAGCAAGGACCAACAUCCUCGUCCUCCUGGACACCAAGAUAUUGAAGAAAAUCUACCAUCAAGUUUCUAAUGCCUACAAAAUGGAUGGAGACCCAAAAAUGAGUGGCCUGUCACUCCAGCAGCUCCUUGAGAUUUUGCUGUCUUGUAAGAAGAUCACAACUACCUAUAUUAAGAGGAACAACAUUGCUAUCACAGUGGAGGGAGAAGAUGCUUGUCUGUUCAACUCUAAUGCCAUGUAUGGUGUGAAUCUUGGACUGAGGGGCCUGGAAUCAAAGGAAGAACUAGCCACCAACAAGGCAAUAGAUGGGGAUCAUAGAGAUGUCUUCCAGCCUUUGUCAGCUAACACUAAACAGUCCAGAGAAACUGAAGAAUCUAAAAGUGAGAGGCUGUUUGGUACAACUUCUGAGUGAACAAGAACAAGAACAGGUCUUCCAUAAAGGGUAGACCUAACUAGCCAAUAUAUUCUUGUAAAAGCCUCCAAAGUUAGUUAAAGUACUCCUAGUGAGCAAAUGAUGUAAUUAUGGUUCCAUGCCAAAAAAAAAAAAUGUGUUAUAAAAUAAAAGAUUCCAAUGAAUUGUCACACACAUACACACACACACAGACACACACAUGCAUACACACCACUGUUAUGCUUAGUAUUUACUGGGUUAUGUAGAAUAAUGCAGUAUUUGAUCUUUCAGGAUUUUCAUGAGAAAGAGUGAGGUACUAGAGCUCUGAAUUCCCCUCCCUCAUACUGGUAAAGGUGCCAUCUUAGAAAGUCAGCAUAGAAAGGUUCUUUACAACAUAGAAAACAGAAUGUAAGAGUUGGGAGAGACCUCAGAACAUAGUGCAGUUGAUGCCACAUUUAGAAAGGAUCUUAGAAAGGUUCUAUUAGAGGAGUCUGCAGUUAGCUUUAGUGUCUCUCUUCAAAUAUGUGCCAAAAUAAGAAUGGAGAGUGUACUUGUAUGUAGAUUCCCUUCAUUAAUGCACUAUGAAUCACCCCAUUAGCAAAAUGUUGAUUGUGUGUGAUUUUAUAAAUAAUGUCCAUCUCUAAAGCAUAGUUAUUGAAGUGAUAUUGUUUCUUAUAUAGCAUAUGAAUAUUGUUGGUCUUUUUGUAUUGUAUUAAUGUAUAAGUUAAAUAAAUAUAUAAAACAGUA